GGAGGUGAAUGGAGAUUGGAGGGCAGUGAAGCAGCCACUUGGAAGCUUCCAGCUUGAGCAAGGCAGCUCAGUGGAAAGGAACUUAGGCGAAGGAAGCUCAGUGGGAAGAUCAUGGCGGCAGUCGGAGUUCCAUUUCAUGCCAAAGCCGGUAACAUGGCCCACUUCCCCUCCCGAAGCCAGGGUAGCAGCUCCUCCAACAGCACACCGCUCCACGCCGACGCAGCGGCGCCAGCGUUUGAUCUCUCCGACUUCAUCAUGUUUGAUCAGGCCGAGUUCGCGCCGUCCUCCUUCGGUCCUGAGCCGCCAGUAGUUCCUCCGAUGGUAGAUGGCGGCCGCAGCAAUGACCAGAAUAGCAACCUGAGCAACAUCACCAUCAACAGCGGCGACAUGACUGUGAAUGCCAGGAACACUGGUGUGGAAGGAGAAAGAAGGGAAGAGACAUCUAGGAUUGCAUUCAGAAUGAAGUCAGAGGUGGAGGUCCUCAACGACGGAUUCAAGUGGAGGAAGUACGGGAAGAAAUCAGUGAAGAACAGCCCCAACCCCAGGAACUACUAUCGGUGCUCCACAGAGGGUUGCUCGGUGAAGAAGAGGGUGGAAAGAGACAGAGAAGAUCCCAGCUACGUGAUAACAACAUACGAAGGGAUCCACAACCACAUGAGCCCUGGCGUCGUCUACUACACAACCCAAGACAGCGUCUCCGGUCGAUAUUAUGUUGCUGGCUGCCAAGUGCCUCCAGAUUCCUGACCUCUGCAUGCUGCUGCUCCACCCCACCAAUGGAGUUGGCCGUCACUAGCGAGCAAAGAAGUACUUCUGCAGUGCUUUCUACUAUCUUCUUUUCCCCUUCUUGGAACAGUGAGCAGUACAUUGGUUCGUCGUCUCAGUCACUGGACCAACUUUAGUUCCAAGAUUUGUGCCUCAAAUCGCGCUUUCUUGCUAUUGUCGACGCACACCUGUUACAUUAUGAAUAUGCGCAGUAUAAGUUUCUCUGGA